AUGAGCGAGGAGACGGCGACUUCUGACAACGAUAAUAGUUAUGCCCGAGUGCGAGCUGUGGUGAUGAGCCGGGAUGACUCAAGCGGUGGAUGGCUACCACUCGGAGGGAGUGGACUGAGCUGCGUCACUGUCUUCAAAGUCCCUCACCAGGAAGAGAAUGGCUGUGCUGACUUUUUUAUCCGUGGAGAGCGACUCAGGGACAAAAUGGUGGUUUUGGAAUGUAUGCUUAAAAAAGACCUUAUUUACAAUAAGGUCACUCCAACAUUUCACCACUGGAAGAUUGAUGACAAGAAAUUUGGCCUUACCUUUCAAAGUCCUGCUGAUGCUAGGGCUUUUGAUAGAGGCAUUCGGAGAGCUAUAGAGGAUAUUUCUCAAGGAUGCCCAUCAUUUAAAAAUGAAGCUGAAGGUACAGAAGACAAUUUACAAGCAGCUGAAGAAGAUACUUCCAGUUCUCUAGUGAAAGAUCAUCUUUUCCAUCAAGAUACCGUGGUUACCAGUGAGCCUUACAGAAGCUCAAGACCUUCUCCCUUUGAAGGUCUGAAUGCCAGAAGUGUCUACCUGCGAAGCCAAGCGAAUCAGGUCCCUUUGAAAUCAAUUCGACAUGUCAGCUUUCAAGAUGAGGAUGAGAUUGUCAGAAUAAACCCUCGCGAUAUCUUAAUACGUCGCUAUGCAGACUAUAGACAUCCCGACAUGUGGAAAAAUGACCUGGAGAGAGAUGAUACUGACUCCAGUGUUCAGUUUUCUAAACCAGACAGUAAAAAAUCAGACUAUCUGUACUCUUGUGGGGAUGAAACUAAGUUAAGUUCACUCAAAGACUCUGUGGUAUUUAAGACACAGCCUUCCUCAUUAAAAUUUAAGAAGUCAAAACGAAGAAAAGAAGAUGGUGAACGUUCUCGCUGCGUAUACUGCCAGGAAAGGUUUAAUCAUGAAGAAAAUGGCAGGGGAAAAUGUCAGGAUGCUCCAGACCCUAUUAAGAGAUGCAUAUAUCAAGUUAGUUGCAUGCUCUGUGCAGAGAGCAUGUUGUAUCAUUGUAUGUCAGACUCAGAGGGAGAUUUCUCUGACCCCUGUUCAUGUGACACUAGCGAUGACAAGUUCUGCUUACGAUGGUUAGCCCUAGUAGCUUUGUCUUUCAUUGUACCAUGUAUGUGCUGCUACGUCCCUUUGAGAAUGUGCCAUCGUUGUGGUGAGGCGUGUGGGUGCUGUGGUGGGAAACAUAAAGCUGCUGGAUGA